AAUUAAGAAUUAGUUCUGUGUUUGGUCUUUGAUUAAAGGUCUAUAAAUACCACCUUAUACAUACUCUAAUAUACAUUGAGCAAGCAACCUGCAAUAAACUUGGAGAAAGAAGAAAGGUAUAUACAGAAAGAGUUCAAGUUAAGAGUUGUUAAUUUGAGAGAUAUGGAGAACUUCCCAGUUAUCAAUUUAGACAACAUCAAUGGUGAGGAGAGAAAAGCUACAAUGGAGAAAAUCAAGGAUGCUUGUGAAAACUGGGGAUUCUUUGAGCUUGUGAAUCAUGGCAUACCACAUGAUUUAAUGGACACUGUGGAGAGGUUGACUAAAGAACACUACAGGAAAUGCAUGGAACAAAGAUUCAAGGAAUUAGUGGCUAACAAAGGGCUAGAGGCUGUUCAAACUGAAGUCAAAGACAUGGACUGGGAGAGUACCUUCCACUUGCGUCAUCUACCUGAGUCCAACAUUUCAGAGGUCCCUGAUCUCACUGAUGAAUACAGGAAAUCAAUGAAGGAAUUUGCUUUGAAGCUAGAGAAACUAGCAGAGGAGCUACUAGACUUGUUAUGUGAGAAUCUAGGACUAGAAAAAGGGUACCUCAAAAAGGCCUUCUACGGAUCAAAGGGACCAACUUUUGGCACCAAAGUUGCAAACUACCCUCCAUGCCCAAAACCAGACCUUGUAAAAGGUCUCCGCGCACACACUGAUGCUGGCGGAAUCAUCCUCCUAUUCCAAGAUGACAAGGUCAGUGGCCUUCAGCUUCUCAAAGAUGGUAAAUGGGUAGAUGUUCCUCCAAUGCAUCAUUCCAUUGUCAUCAACCUUGGUGAUCAACUUGAGGUAAUAACCAAUGGUAAAUACAAAAGUGUGGAGCACCGUGUGAUAGCACAAAAUGAUGGAACUAGAAUGUCUGUAGCAUCAUUCUACAACCCUGGUAGUGAUGCUGUUAUCUACCCAGCACCAACAUUAAUAGAGGAAAAUAAUCAAGUUUACCCAAAAUUUGUGUUUGAGGAUUACAUGAAUCUUUAUUCUCGAUUAAAGUUCCAAGCUAAGGAACCAAGAUUUGAAGCAUUUAAGGAAUCAAAUGUUAAUUUAGGUCCAAUUGCAACCGUUUAAAUAUGUUUUUACUAUAAAUAACUAUAUGUUAUAACAUGUUUGUUUAAUGGGAAGCAAGCAAAGUAAACAAAGGUUAAAGGCAAGUGCAUAAGUUUCUCAAAUUAGUAUAUAUUUGUUUACUUUAUAUUGUGUGAUGUGAUGUGAUUUCUUGUACCGUCAUAGAGGGAUAAAAAAUAUCAAUGUUGUGUAGUAAAAUAUUAUUUAAGUUUGUACCAAAAAAUAAAUAAGUUGAAUGAAUAAAUAUUAAAUAUUGAUUGGUU